UCCAUAAACAAUUAACAAACACGAAGGUGCGCGUCGGUUUCACAUUUUCUUUUGUUAUAUUUAUAAUAAUUAAAAAUAAUUAUUUUGUAUAUCAAAUCAGAUUUAGUACCUGAAUGAAUGUGUGCAGCAGGUGAAAUAAGUAUUUAAAUAUUUUCUUAACUUGAAUUUUGGAAAGGAGAGGUUAUUCUAUCCCGCAGCAACAUGGUUCAGGCAGCAGAAGAAACGGAGCAGCCUGAUCUGCCACAAGCUGUCAAUUUAUUAAAAGAAAUGAACAUGAAUGUACAACAAGUCUCACAACUUGUGGACAAUAUGCUACUUCGUGUCAAGACUGGAGAAAUCACUACUGACAAAGGAUUGAGUUUCUUAGAAAUGAAGUACCAAAUGCUUCUCAGCUACUUGAUAAACUUGACAUACAUUGUAUUAAGGAAAUGCUCUGGUGAAAAGAUUGACUCUGAUCCAUCGAUUGAUAGGCUCAUUGAGAUUCGAACUGUGCUUGAAAAGAUUCGUCCUGUAGAUUCUAAAUUAAAAUACCAAAUUGAUAAGCUUGUCAAGACUGCAGCAGUAGGUUCCACCACUGAAGAAGACCCACAGUCAUUUAGAGCUAUUCCUGCUAAUUUAGUUAGUAAGAUUGAUGAUGAGGAGGAUGAUUCUAGUGAUGCCUUAGAAGAUGAUGAAGUUAAGAAGGAUUCUAGUAAGACUAAUAUAUAUGUCCCUCCCAAACUGGCAGCUGUACAUUUUGAAGAGAGCACAUCCAGGGCUGGUAGUGACAAGAAGAAUAAAGAGAGGUCAAAGAAACAGUUCCUUAAUUCCAGAGUUAUGAGUGAAUUGCGAGAAGAGUAUUCAGAGGCACCAAUGGAAGUCACUACAGGGAAUCAUGUAAAGCACUCAAUAUCCAAACAAGAACAGGAACGGAUUGAAUAUGAAGAAAAUUACCUCACCAGACUUCCUGUCUCUAAAGCUGAGAAAAACCGCAGGAAAAAGUUGACAACAGUUGGCAUGUUGGCAGAAGAAAUCACAGGGACUAGUAGUAAUCGCACCUCAACUAAACGUAAAUUUAAGUCCAAGAAAGGAAAAAGUUUUAAGAGAAAGCGUACUCACUAAAGAUAUUUUCUAUGAUUUUUUAAGUUUAACUUAUUCCGUUUUAUAUUUUUACAUGUUUAGAUAUUAUAGUUUAAGGGCUAAUUUUUUCGAACUAGAUUGACAGAUUCGAAAAACAGGAGUAAUUCUAGUAAUUUAAGAUACUUUGCUAAAAAGUAACUGCACUACCACAGUUCUUUAUUACAUUGAGUUCAAAUAAUGUAACAGGGUAAAUUGAUAAUACCUACACAUGAUUUACAUGCAAAUACUUGCAGUGGCCUUAUUAUGUUAAAAUAAAACAAAUUAUUUAAUUUUGAAUGCAUAAAUUGCUUUCUACAUUUUUUAAUUUGUCAAUAAUGAAGCUUUCAGUGAUUUAAAUAGUUAAUAUGAUGUUGCUAAAAUAGACUCAAUACAAAUCUAAUAUAAAAACAAAUGCAUUUAAAUAAUACGUAGAUUUUUAAUCAUAGCAGAGGUUUGUUGAUAAUGAUAAAACAACAUUGUUAAAAUGUAUUACAAACAAAUACAUACCUACAUUAUGUUAAGUUAAUACUUUGUUGGAUUUAAGUUUUUUUUGUUGUGUUUUAUUAAUUUCAUUAUGCAUGUUCUAUUAUUUUUUCUUGACAUAAAGUGGUUUGAAUUAAA